GAAGUCCUUUGGAGAGAGAAGGAUAUGGCGGCGCUCCGAGUGGUCGUGUUGUCCCGGUGCAGCAGAGGUUUUCUCUAUACUGCAAACAGGGUGCAGACGCCGCGGGCCAGCAUGUCAUUUGCCAGCCUCCCAAAUAGAAGGAAGUUGGCAUUGACCACACUGGGAGUUUUAACUACCGGAGGAGCAGGACUGGCUUUGAUGCUCCAUCAGUCUGUUAAAGCCUCGGAUCUAGAGCUGCAUCCUCCUUCUUACCCCUGGAGCCACAAUGGCUUACUUUCUGCCCUUGACCAUGCCAGUAUCCGCCGUGGGUAUCAAGUCUAUAAGCAAGUGUGUGCGGCAUGCCAUAGUAUGGAAUACCUGGCUUUCCGAAACCUGGUCGGAGUCUCUCACACGGAGGAGGAGGCUAAAACAUUAGCUGAGGAGAUUGAAGUUGUGGAUGGUCCUGAUGAGUCAGGAGAGAUGUUUACUAGGCCUGGAAAGCUUUCAGAUUACUUUCCUAAACCUUACUCCAAUCCUGAGGCUGCUCGUGCUGCAAACAAUGGAGCUUUGCCUCCUGACCUCAGUUAUAUUGUAAAUGCCAGGCAUGGAGGAGAAGACUAUGUUUUUUCACUCCUUACUGGCUACUGUGAUCCUCCAGCUGGUGUGUCUUUAAGAGAAGGACUUUAUUACAACCCUUACUUCCCUGGCCAGGCAAUUGGGAUGGCGCCACCCAUUUAUAAUGAGGUCCUUGAAUUUGAUGAUGGAACCCCAGCCACAAUGAGUCAGGUAGCUAAAGAUGUAUGUACCUUCCUGAGGUGGGCUGCUGAGCCAGAGCAUGACCAGCGCAAACGCAUGGGACUAAAGUUACUAAUGGGUUCUGCUAUUCUAAUUCCGCUGGUCUACUACCUGAAGAGACACAAAUGGUCUGUACUGAAGAGCAGAAAAAUUGCCUACAGACCUCCUAAAUAAAGCUGGUCUGCUGCCUUGAUUGUCUGUUUUCUUUAUUAAAAUGGAUAAAACCCCUGAUUGACAGUUGUCAGACAUUCUCAGCUCCUUACUAUCAAAAUGAGGAUAUUCUAGUCUCCAAGUUUUGUUAAGCCACAUUCUGCAUUUCAUACAGAAUCCAGAACUAACUUGACCUGUAUUGUGUUUUACUGUAUAAAAAUAAAUUAUCUGAACAAA